UGGAACCACAUCUUCACAGCCCACAACACCCUCGACACUUCACUGGCUUGGACAGAAGAUUCUUGGAAAUUGCUUCCUUGUUUAGGUAAAAGAGAGAGAGCUUCAGUACUUGGUAUGAACAAAAACCUGCGAAACUGAUCGAGUUCGUGACAUGCACUUAGAAAUUUUCAAAGUGUGAAAAACAGAAACAAAAAGAAAAAAAUGGGUCUUUUGUUCAGUAGAAUGUUCUCUUCUUUAUUUGGUAAUAAAGAAGCUCGAAUACUUGUCCUCGGCCUCGACAAUGCUGGCAAAACCACCAUUCUCUAUCGGCUUCAAAUGGGAGAGGUAGUCUCCACGAUCCCAACGAUUGGAUUCAAUGUAGAAACUGUACAGUACAACAACAUUAAGUUUCAAGUCUGGGAUUUAGGUGGACAAACAAGUAUCAGGCCAUAUUGGAGGUGUUAUUUCCCAAAUACUCAAGCUGUAAUUUAUGUGGUAGAUUCAAGUGACACGGAAAGAAUUGGAAUAGCCAAAGAAGAAUUUCAUUCAAUUUUGGAGGAGGAAGAAUUGAAAGGUGCAAUUGUCCUCAUUUUUGCAAACAAGCAAGGACUCCCUGGUGCACUUGAUGCUGCUGCUGUGACUGAGGCAUUGGAGUUGCACAAAAUAAAAAGUCGUCAAUGGGCCAUCUUCAAAGCUUGUGCUACGAAGGGUGAAGGCCUCUUUGAGGGCUUGGACUGGUUGAGUAACACUCUCAAAGCAGGAGGUGGCUAACUUUGUUCAAGCAAGUUCCAGAACGAGCAUAAUCUACGUGCACAGGAAUGCUGGAGCGAUAACUGUUAUUACCCUCAAUUCAAGCUUGACAUAAUCUCAGGAGGUGACUUCGCAAUUUCUUAUUUCCAUAUGCAAUACACUGGCUGAAGCUGCCUUUGAAGAGGAUGCUCCAAACAAAUGAGCCAGGCCUUUUUCCCCAGAAGCUUGUGAGAUGUGACCCUAGCUGUCGACCAGGGCUAGCCAACCUGACAAAACACAGACUGCUCCCUGAUUUAAUUUUCAGAAGAAAUGAGUCAAGCCCGUGAGCUCAAAGUUGAUUAAGAAUUAAUGAGGCUGAAGUUUAAGCAUCAAAUCUAAUACUAGCCUCCAAGGGGCUGUGAUAGAUACCUGUCUCAGAGCAGAGGAACCUGCCAAUGAAGUCUACUGUAGGGCAAAAUUUGGCAGUAGAAAGAUAAUGUAAAGUUGGUACUUACUGAGUUUCGCAAACGGGCAGGUUGUGGUACUAAACAGUACACCAGGACAGUGCUUGUCUAGAUUCUGUGCUCCUCGUUUUCCUUGUGCCAUCUGAAUCCACUCUGAGCAAGCAACUGGACGCUCGAGAGGCUGUAGGAUACAGUGGUUGCAAGCUGUAUGUAUGACUACACCCCGCAACUUCAUCAGCUUAGAUUCUCUUAAGCUUCGAUUUCAAUGCAAGUGUUGGCGAAAGUCUCUUCAAGUG